AUGAUGGAGCGCGGCGAGUACGGCUCGGCGCUGCGGUGGUGGGACAAGGCGAGAGCCGUGGAGCAGUCCGCCCUUGCGGAGGAGCCGCCGCUGUGCAGGUCGUCGCAGGCCGAGCGUCUCAAGGGCGAGUGCGUGGCGCGUGUGGCGCGGGACGACUCGGCACCGUUCGCGCGGCGGCCGCGCCCGGCGAGCGGCGAGCCUGACGACGUGGCGUCCAGCGACGCCGUCUCUAGUGCCACCGGCAGGGGCACCGUCAGCAGCGAUACACCAGUUUGCGGGGCUCUUUCCGUGGCGACGUGGCGGUGGCUGCGCCAGGAAGCGAAAUGGCCAGUUUGGAGGCGGCCGCCGGGUGCCUGCCGCGUCACUUCACGGACCACCUGGGGGGCGUCUGGAAGCGCGCCUUGA